AUGAAGUUCACCGUCUUCUCUGUGGUUCUCUUCGCCCUGUCCGCCGGCGCACAGGUCACCACCACCGUUCAGCCCAGUGACACAGCUACUGAUACCACAACCGGCGCAUCGAGCACCGACACCGGAUCCAGCAGCAGCGGUUCGAGCAGCGCCUCUUCCAUGUCGUCCAUGUCGUCGCAAGCAUCGUCAUCAGCUUCGUCCGCCAGCUCGUCAGCAGCUUCCGGCGCCAGCUCCGCCCUGAGCUCCGCGACGUCCAUCUUCUCGAGUAUUGCAUCUGCUGCCAGCACGGCUGUGAGCCCCUCGGGUACGGGCGCAAAUGCAGCGUCGCUGAAUGGGAACGGCGCACAGGGAGUUGCUGUCGGCGUCCUUGCUGGAAUCCUCGCGGCCGUUGUUUAA